AUGAGCUAAAAUUAGUCUUCUACAAAUAAAGAGGCUUCAAAAAAGACUGCAGACUCUUCUUCCAAAAGUACGUCAUCUUCAAAUAAAGAGGAAAAAUAAUAAAAAUAAGCAAAUUCUAGCAAUACUGAUAAAGCUAACCCCACAGCAGAUAGCGGCAAAGGCCAAUAAAAUAAAGAAAAUAAUUCAAACAAUGAAAAGGAAAAACAAACAUCUAAUGAAAAGGGAUCUACAAAAGCAGAAAAUAGUUAGUCAACAAAAGGAAAUGAAUCUAGUAAAGAUGAAAAAUCUACAAGCAAAAGCAGUGAUAAGUCGAAAGACAAAGAAAAAGAUAAAGAAGCUAAGGAAAAAGGAAGCAAUUCAUAAUAGAAUAGUAGUAACCAAUAAGCAGCGGCUGAAUUAGAUAAGUUGCUAAAUCCGCCUACAAGUGAUUUUGUAUUGAAAAAUUAGGCUGAAUAUUUAAAGAGAGGAUAAUAUUACAUAAACAAGAACUAAUUUGAGAGUGCCUUAAAAAUAUAUGAAUUGCUAAAUGAUGCCAAUCCAAAUAAGGGUAAUGCUUAAAUUUUAGCAGGUCAUUGUGCUUUUAGAUUAAAGAAGCAUGAGAAAGUUAUAUCGUACUACUAAAAAGCUAUGGAGCUUUCAGCAAAAGCUAAUAAAGAUCCAAAUAUUCAUUUUGAAUUAGGAAUUGCACACUAUCGACAAGGAAAGUUUAUUGAUUCUGAAUAGUUCUUUAACAAAGUUAAUGUAUAUCAAUAAAAGUAUAUCUAUCAGCCAAUAGUUGAUCUUUAUAAAGCUAUACUUAAAAGACAAAAUGGAUAUCAUUAAGAAGCAGCUUAACUCUUCCUUUCUAGCUUAAUCCAAAAUGAUAAAAAUAUAUUUAAUCAACAAAAAACAGUUGAAAUAUUAUGUAAUGCAGGUUUAUAGUUUGAAUUGAUGAAAGAAUUAGAAGAUGCAUAAACAUGUUAUCAAAAAGCCAAAUAAGUCGAGAGCACAAAUUCUAAUGCAUUAAAAUGUUUAAGCUGGAUUUUAUUCCAAAAAAAGAGUUAUAGAGAAAGUGCCGAUCUCAUUUAGAAAGCUUACUAACAAAAUAAUAAAGAUUUUGAAAUACUUUUAAUUUUAGCAAAAAAUUAUGAUUAGCAAGGAUAGGUCAAGUAAGCUUUAGAAUAUUUCAAUAAAGCUAUUUAAGUUAAUAGUUAAAAUGCAAUAUGCUGGUGUUAUCUUGGAAUAACUUUCUUUAAAUUAAAUAUGAUGAAAGAUGCCUUUUCAUGCUUCAACAAAAGCUUCGAAUUAGAAAACAAUAUAGAAACGCUAUUUAAUAUAGCACUUCUUUACGAAAUAGGAAAGCAUUAUAUUGAAGCUGUCAAUCUCUAUAAAUAAAUAUUGAUGGUGUGCCCAGAUGAUCAUAUGGUUGUUAGGAGAAAAAUUACUAUUGAGCGUAAUGCUUCAAGUUAGACACAUGACCCAUUUAACAAGAAACAGCUCAAUAAAUUAAGAACUAUGCUUAGAGAACCUCCUUUUAAGCCAUCUGUCCCUCUUUGGCUAGAGGAGUUAGACCCAAAUGUAAAAUAAAGACUUUUAGAACAAGAAAGACAAGAACUGCUUAAUACUAUAAUGAAUAAUUAAAUAUCUUUGAAUUAGUUAAAUAAGUCCCCAUUAUUUUCACAUACUUAAAAAGCAAGAAGAAAUAGUGUUUUUAACUUACAUAACCUUCACACUCCUCAUCCAAACUUUGGAAAGGAACCUUUUGAUAGCUUGCUAAACACUCCAAAUUUAUUCUUCAAUACACCAAAGCCAAAUUAUGAAAACCAAUUUACACUUACUCCCAUAAAUUAUCCCAUUAACAAUCCAUAUGAUAAAUCAAAGGCUGGUAAUAGCAGAUCAGGUGAUUUUUUAUAAGUAAACUAGAAAAAAAAGAGCGAGACACCUAGCUCUUUAUUUAAUAUACCAUUAUACGGAGAUUUCAAUGAUCCUUAUACUCCAAAUUAUAAACCUUCUCCUUAUAUUCAACCUAAUCAUCCUUUUGGAGGAUUAUAUAAAAGUAGUUUUGAUAAUACAGAUCUGUAUAGAAACAGGGCUAGCUCAAUAUCUCCCCUUCCUUCUUAAAAUCUAUUAAAAAUUGAAGAUCAAGGAUUUGGUAAUUAAUUUAAUAUGGGUAAUAAAGACAUGGAAGAUGAUCCUUAAAAUAGUAAUAAUAAUAAAGGAGGAUUCAAAUUGCGUAAGAAUUCUGAAAAUAACAGAUAGAGAAAGGCUUCUAUCGCAUCAAACACAUCCCCACUAUAAAGACCUGUUAAAAAACCAAGUGAAAAUCAUUCUGAUUCUGAUCCUGAAAAACCUCUUAAAAAAUAAAUAAAAAUAGUUUCUUUAAAUAAUCCUUUACUGACUUAAGUCCCAGCUGUAGGAUCUGCUUCAUAGUAAGCAUAAAACAUAUCGAACCCUACUAUAACAGUAAAUCUAGCCAGUAAUGUUAGCAGUGCUAGCAACAUCCCUACAUCUAACAAUCAUAUCACCUCAAACACCUAAAUAGGUAACAAUUAGCCUAACCAAUAAAAGGGCGAAGUAUUCUAUGGAAGCUUAAUGAAUAAUUAUGAUGAUGAAUUGAAUAAUGCUGUACCAUCUUAAUAAUAGGAAGAAUAAUUCCCAGCUGUUAAUUAGAGAUUCAACAUUUUUAGUAACUUAGGAAGAAACAAACAAAAUAAAUGA